AUGAAAAAUCAAAGUUCAAAACGUCGUCAACGAGCUGAUAAAACAGCAACAACUGCUGCUACUUCCUCCACUUUAAUAACCCUACCUACUUCACCAACAAAUGAUGAGAAAUUAAGUGUAGCAAAAAGGCUAGAUGAAUUAAAAACAUCCGUAAAAGAUCAAGCCCAUUUAUUAAAUAAAGAUAAAGAAAGUUCAGGCAUUAAUAUAUUGAUCGACAAAAUAAUUGAUCAUUAUUCAGACAUCAAAACUAUUUUGACGAUCCCUGAGCUACUGGCACCUGCCACAAAAUCAAGGGCGCUAGGAACUCCAAGACCUCAAAACGCAUACAUUAUAUUUCGAAAGGAUGUUUCCAGAGGAAUUUAUCUACUAAGUAGAAAUGGUGUGAUUGAAAGAAAGAAAAACGUAACAUACUCUUCGAAGAUUGCUGGAUAUUUAUGGAAAUCUUUGAAAACAUCCAAAACUCAACAUGAUCAUGAGUUUUGGAAGAUUUUAUAUCAAAUCGCAUGUUUAAAACAUUCAGCAACUUAUGAAAAUUAUGUAUAUCGUCCCAUUAGGAAGAAACGUAAUGAUGUUAAUUGUCAAUCUAUUGAACAUCAACAAUCUCCAAAUGUUGCAACAUUAGAAACUUCUUCAAAUCACCCGCCACCUCGUACAAUCCCUGCGUCAGAUAUUAAUGACGCACCAUCCUAUUAUGAUAAUUCAGUUGAUCAAGGUCAAACGAUAGAUUUUCACUCGUCUGACCAAGGAAUGGUAAUUAAUCAACUACAAGCACAACAACAAGAAGGCAAUGACCAACCGGAUACCUUGGAUCCAACGCUAUAUCAAGAUAUGACAACGAUUUUACCAUAUCAAAUUCCCGAUGUAAUCAACCAACCACCCGGGAUGAUAACGCAACAAAAUAUAACGACGCAAUUCGGAUUCGCGUCUGCAACGUCAACAUACGUGGAAAACACAGUUUGGCAUUCAACGUACGCAAUGAGCUCCCAUCUCACACAACCAUAUUACCAAUAUUUUCCAAACACAUAUUCCACCUUACCACCACAGCCGAUUUUGAUUUAUCCUUCAUAUGAUGAUUUAGUUUUUCAAAGCCAACUAGAUCAACUAGAUGGUUCGGGAAGCGGAUUUAUCGAAUAUGGCGAUCAAUCCCAAUCAUUUGGCAUGUAG